AUGAAGACUGACAACCUGUUUGACAGUUUGGACAAACUUUUGAUAGAAAUUGUUUUCCAGUAUGAACAAGACAUAAGUACUAAAGAAGACACGUUUCAAAGAAUUCAUAAAUGCCUUCAAAGUAUUAAAGAAGACAAAACAAGUAUUUAUAAUAUAUAUGAAGCUAUAAAUAAAGCAGAAGAGGAAAUUGCUUAUUACUAUGAAUAUAGUAAAGAGAUCAAAGACAACUGUAGUAACUGGAAGCCAACAUGUGGUGUCUUUCAUAGACAUGAAGAUUAUAUGCAGGACCAAUUUGCUGUUUGUCAAGAAAUCAUUGAAAAAGACAAAAAAAUGUAUCAUGAUUAUAUAUGUCAGUAUAAAGACCUUUUGAAGCAACACCAACUAAAAUUUUCAGAAACAUAUUUUUCAUGUAAAUAUUAUGAAAAGAAGAAAGAGCAUGAAGAAAUUCAAAACAGAGUGUUGGCAUGUACUGAACAACUAAAACUGAAUGAAGCCAUUCUUAUGAAAUUCCUAGUGCCUGUUCCCUUUUCAUCACUUACGAAAUGGACAUUACACAUAGUUAAUUUGAGAUGUAAAACACAAGAUAUUCUUAAGUGUGCCAAAAAUUUGGCCAGAAGCUCAUUUGAAUUGAAGAAUGAAGCAGAUGAUAUGGAAGUAGAAAUUAAUUCUUUAAAAAAGCAAAUUGCAGAAGUUUUUGAAAUUGAGACUCUUUCAGAAGCUCAAGAAGAAAAGAACAAAAAUACAGAAAAGAGAAAGGAUUUGAAAGAAAGAAUUUUUGAAAAAGAUGAACAUGUACUUGUAUUAAACGAAACCCCUCAAAGAAGCCAGCUGUUUCUUCCUUGUGAAUCUCAGAAGUUUCUAAGAUCAAUAAAGAUACAUUCCUCAGAACUAAGAGUUACAGAUAAUAAAGAAGAAAGUUCAGUGAAUCAGUCGAAGCUUGCUAGUAUUGACUUCAGACAGAAAGAAAAUGAAACACAGGUAUUUAACAAUUCUGGUGUGAAUAGCAGUUCAAAAUGUUCACAAGUUACAGCUAUUAAAAGUUCACAAAAUUUUAUGCAAUUCAGAUUGACACAAUCAAACUACAAUCAAUGGACUGAAAAAGGACAGCCAGAUGCUGAGUGUGGAGAUAAAGGAGCAGUAAGACAACUAAAAGAAUCAAAGUGUAUUCCACAAACCAUAUAUAUACAACACUUUGGAAAGUCAAUAGAAGAUAAUAGUGGUGAAGUAGAAGAAGGAGCUGAUAAAUUUUCACCAACUCCUACAACUCCUUUGUUUUUAAGAACUCCUGAAGCUGUGAAGACACCUGAAUCUCUGCAAAAAGUGCAGUACCCUAAAAGCCCCUUACUUGAAAUAAAUAGACAUAGAAAUGUAGUACCUCAAGGACAAAAACAAAAGGAUUCUCCUGGAUUUUCAUUUCUUACAAGUCAUACUUCGGUAUCACCUGGACUGAAUUUAUUUGGUUCUUCUGUAUCCGAUGUGGACACCAUACCAGAUCAGUUUAAUGAACAGUACUCUGUGGCAGAUCUAAAUCCACCCUCAUCACAAGAAGAAAUUGGAAACUUAUUUGGGAAAUCACAAGGAGAAGACGCCUUUACAUUUUCUUUUUCAUCAGAUGCUUCAACUCGUAUAUUUGGAGCUGGAAAAGAUUAUUUUAGCUUUCCAUUUUCUUUUGAACAGGAUGAAAAUAUAAUACCUUCCUCUUCCUUAAAAGAUUUUUCAUCCCCCUCACAAAAUAAAACACAAUUUUCCUUUUUUGGAACUAAUUGUUAA